AUGGAUAAUCAAGAUCAACACUAUGGAGGCGGCGACGCAAGAUCAGACGACGUAGUCAUAAUUUCCGAUGAGACGACGGCGGCGGAGGAGGAAAAUGUUGAUUUGGCACUAACUUUGGUGACGGGUGCAAGAACGGUGGGGUCGCCGGAGCCCGCCGGAAGCGAAGACGGCCGGACGUUGAAUUUGAUAGAAUCUUUGACGGAAGCGCCGGCGGCCGCCGCCGAAAGUAGUGGUGGCGCUGGAAUGAUUUGGGGCGGUGAAAGAAACAGCGAAGGAAUGUUAGAUUUCAUGAACAAGGGGGUGGUGGCGGUGGGGAAUCCUGGAUCGGCGUUCAGGCCGUUCACGCGGGUGAGGGCACAAGCAGCAGCCGUUGUUAAUCAAUCUCCACCAGUUCAAGAACGGAGUCCUCCGAUUAAUGUUCCUCAAGCUUCCAAUCAACCAAACCGCGCGAAUGACGGCGGCGGCGAAUCUUCUGAUCAGAGGCGCGGCGGCGGCGACAACGCCGGAAUGAUUUGGGGUGGUGAAAGAAACAGCGAAGGAAUGUUAGAUUUCAUGAACAAGGGGGUGGUGGCGGUGGGGAAUCCCGGAUCGGCGUUCAGGCCGUUCACGCGGGAGAGGGCAGCAGCAGCAGCCGAAAGUAGCGGUGGUGCAAGAACCAAUGCCGGAAUUAUUCGUGGCGGUGGUGAAAGAAACAGCGCCGGAGAGUUAGGUUUCGUGAACAAGGGGAAAUCGCCGAUGAUCAUCACCACGGGUAAAGCUGAGUCAGUUGGCCAAUCUUCAUCCAGACACAACCAAAACUUGGCCGGCAGCAGCCACAGCGGCAGAUAUCAUUCUCAGACUAGCGGCGGCGGCGCCGGCGGCAGCAGAUAUUAUUCUCAGACUAGCGGCAGUGGCGGCGGCGGCGGCGGUGGCGACAGAUAUUAUUCUCAGACUAGCGGCGGCGGCGGCAGCGGCAGCGGCGGCAGCGGGCUCGAUUCUCGUCUAUGGACUUAG